AUGUCAAACGUGGUUUGUCCACGAGAAUUUUUAGGUCUUGUCCACCCAAAGAGCAAAAUGGAAUCACUUUCCAAAUCAUCCAAAAUGAAUGGUGGAUUUCUCGAUUGGAUCGACACCCGAAUUCAUGAUAAGAAACACUUUACUGCUCGCUAUUUGGCUCAUUUAUCUGAAAUAUCUGGAAUGCAAUCGGACACAAUUGCCAAGGUUCUCGGCACUGUUUUAUUCCUAAUUUUGACUUUUUGUGAUCAGGCUCACUUCUUUGCCAACUCGAUUCUUAUUGGAGUCCCACUGCUUCUUGUUUUCUAUUAUCCAGAAGAGAAACCGGCUGAUGAAUCAUUGUACAUCUACUUUCCAACUUUCGGGGGAAUUACACUUUUCGAUAAAAAUCUAGAAAAUAUUCCAUGUUAUUAUGUGUUCAAAUUGGUUCUGUUUCUGUUGUUCUACGUUCCACCAUACUCUCUGAACAAACGUAUUUUUGAGCUCCUCAGUAAGGAUGUAGGAGUAGAAAAUACGAUCCAAAAUGGUUCUAGUCAGAAGCACUCAGUUCAGAAACUAACAGAAAAAUCUACGAAAACAGCGGUUUCAAGAAAACCAACUUCCAAAAGUGUGAUGACUGAUGUGACUCAGCUCACAGCCACCCCAUCUCCCCUCUAUGUUCAAUCGAUUCCGAAGAAUUCAGAUGUAAAAGUUACAAUAAUUGAGGAAUAUUAUCGAGAAGAAGAACUACUUUCUCCAAAUGGAACAGUUAUUGAUCGUGUUGUCAGUGGACCAUUUCGGAAGGAAACGACAAGAAUCGAAAACAAAAACAACAAGAAUAUUCAGUAA